AUGCAUAGAAUUGACAAAGUUUCUGUUGAUUUAUAUUUUAUUGACAAAAAUUUUAUCCAACAACCAUUUUUCCUUAAUUUGACAAGAUUGAAAUUAGGUAGCUUGGUACCAGGAGAUGCAAAGUAUAUUCCAAGAAAUUUAAAACAAUUGACUUUUGGUAUCUUCAGGGUUGAAGAAAUAAAACCAUAUUUAGACUUGCCCAACUCUACUCUUGAGUCGCUAUCCAUUAUUAUUUGGUUUAUUUUCAGCGGUGAGGUGGUUGAUUGUGAUUUGGCAUAUUUGACAAAUUUACGAGAAUUGACUUUUGUUGGUCCUUGUCGUGACUGGGGAUCAUACUAUUCACAAUACUAUAAAUUACCAUCAAAUUUGGUUACUUUAGUAGUCAGAGAAGAUCUAUUGUAUCCUACAGAGGAUGACAUUGCUGUCUGCCCCGACUUAACUACUAUUAACUGUCCUGGGUAG